AAAUUUGUCCCUCCGUAUUAUCCGUUCGGAAUCUGUCCAAUCAACGCCCGCUGGUGUACCAGCAGUAAAAAUGGAGAGUGACACUACAAUAAGGAGAAUAAAACCCUACGGUACUCAAAAUAAUGUUUUUAAGCGAGAUAAGGAUGCCCUGGAACAGUGUGGAACCAACGGUUGUGGUGAAACGAAAAAGAAGCCUGAAGUCAGUUUGUACUUGCUGAACGAAGGAAUCGGAGCAUGUUUUGUUGCUGUAUUCCUUCUUUUGCUGUGGGUACUGGUUCAUCUGUCCCUGCAGCAGCUAGUGAUAGGGAAAUCCACCGGCGAGUUCAAUGCAAUAAGGGCAAGAAAGCAUCUAGAGAAGAUCACCAGUGUUGGUCCCAGGCCUGUGGGAAGUGUGGAGAAUGAGGUGCUUACAGUGAACUACCUGCUGGAACAGAUCGAGCACAUCAGAGCGGAGGCUGCCACCGGCCCGCACUCCAUCUCUGUGGAUGUGCAGCGGCCAACUGGCUCCUUCAGCAUUGACUUCCUGGGCGGCUUCACCAGCUACUAUGACAAGGUCACCAACAUUGCUGUCAAGCUGGAGCCCAAGGCUGGGGCCAAACAUCUCAUGCUGGCUAACUGUCACUUUGACACCGUGGCUAACAGCCCAGGUGCGAGCGACGAUGCGGUCAGCUGCGCCGUCAUGCUGGAGGUGCUGCACUCCCUCGCCAACCUGUCCACGCCCCUGCGUCAUGGCGUCCUCUUCCUCUUUAACGGCGCGGAGGAGAACGUCCUACAGGCGAGUCACGGGUUCAUCACGCAGCACCCUUGGGCAUCACAAGUCCGAGCCUUCAUCAACCUGGAGGCCGCAGGCGUUGGGGGCAAAGAGGUGGUGUUCCAGACAGGACCUGAAAACCCCUGGUUAGUUCAGGCCUACGUGCACGCAGCCAAACACCCCUUCGCCUCUGUGGUUGGCCAGGAGGUCUUCCAGAGUGGAGUGAUACCAUCAGACACAGAUUUCAGAAUCUACAGGGACUUUGGGAAUAUCCCAGGUAUCGAUUUGGCCUUCAUUGAAAAUGGAUUCAUUUACCACACAAAGUACGAUACCCCGGAUAGAAUCCUCACCGAUUCGAUUCAGCGAGCUGGUGACAAUAUCCUGGCUGUCCUGAAGCACCUUGCCAUGUCAGAAAAGCUGGCUGAUUCCUCGGAGUAUCGCCAUGGCAACAUGGUGUUUUUCGACCUGCUGGGUGUCUUUGUGGUGGCCUACCCAGCUCGUGUCGGCACCAUCAUCAACUGCAUGGCAGCCAUGGCAACCUUUUUCUUCCUGGGAAAGAAAUGCACUCUGCCUAGCAAUGGGGGGGGCCGGUAUGUGCGUGAGCUGGCUUGUGCCGCUGGAGUGGUGAUCAUAAGCUGGAUCGUCACCCUGCUGUCUGUUCUCAUUGUGGCUGUGCUGGUCUCCCUCCUGGGCCAGUCCAUGUUCUGGUACAACCACUUCUACAUGUCCAUCUGCCUCUAUGGUGCGGCUUCCACCGGCAAGAUGGUCCUCAUCCACACACUGGCUAAGAAUCUCUACUAUGGGAGCGUGCGGAGGCUGGAGCUGGGCGAUCUCUUCUUUGACGUGAGCCUCCUGCUGUGGUGCUGUGCCCUGGUCUACCUCACCCAGCUGGGCCUGUGUUCGGCCUACGUCCCCAUGCUGAUGGUGGCCUUCCCACUGGCCACCAAGCUUCUCCUGACCCCCAAGUUCAAGCAGAGAGGUGCGACUGUGACAUACUCUGCCCUGUACCUGCUGGGCCUGGCGCUGCCCUACGUCCACUUCAUGUUCCUCAUCUGGGUGGUGUUUGAGAUCUUCACGCCCAUUCUGGGGCGCAGUGGCACUGAGAUCCCCCCAGACCUGGUGCUGGCCUCCCUCGUCACCCUGGGCACCAUCUUCCUCUCUUCUUUCUUUCUCCACUUUAUCUACUUGGCCAAGAGCACUAAGUGGAUUUUGACAGGCCUUGGCACGCUCUUUGCUGUGGCCUUCAUACUGGUCUCCUGUGGCCUGUUCUUCCCCUAUACGGCCGACCCAGCCAGCCCGCGACCUAAGCGGGUUUUCCUGCAGCACACCACACGCACGUUCCAUGGCCUGGAUGGGGAGGUGGAAAGGAGGGACUCUGGCCUGUGGAUCAAUAGCUUUGACUACACUGGAAUGCGCUAUAUCACUCCGCACGUUCCGGAAAUCAACGAGACGAUCCGGACCAAAUGCCAGGAGGACCUCCCCUUCUGCGGUUUCCCCUGGUUCCUGCCUGUAAAGUUCCUGGUCAAGAAAAACUGGUACCUUCCUGUCCCUGAGGUGACCCCAAAGUCACCUAUAGAAUUCAAACUACUUUCAAAACAAGAGACUGACUGGGGCACGACAAAGCUGACCUUUGAAGUGAAAGGGCCUAGCCACAUGUCACUCUACCUCAUGCCUCACCCCGGAGCUGUCCUCUCCAGCUGGUCCUUUGGGGACGGGACACCAAAGUUCGAUCUCAGCGGGGAGUACUUCAUAUUCUACUCCCAUGGCCUUGAAUCUCCUGCAUGGAAUUUCUGGUUUGAAAUUCAGCCUCCUAAAACUCCAGACCCUUCGGGGCCCGAGGGGAUGAUCUCGGUGGCCAUCGCGUCCCACUACUUUUUUGGAGAGGAUCAGAAGACCCCUCAGUUGAAUGAGAUGCUGCAGAGGUUCCCUGAGUGGGCCUUCCCCUCAUCCUGGGUCAGCACCUACCACAUGUACCGAUACUGAGGGGCCAGAACAGCCCCGUCCUCCUCUUCCUCCACCCUGCACUCACAUGCAGACGUUUGGUGUGUCGGCUCACCUCAAGAGACCCCCUCUGUCACUGUGUCAAUAAGCUAGCAACAAUGGAGCCACUUCAAAGCCAAACCAGAACCAAGCCUCGUUAUUUAUGGCUAACCUUCCGACAGUGUCACGUUCAACCUGCUUUGCGUUCUUUUUUUAAAAUCCCCUCCUCUCGGUGAUUACGUAUGGGGUGCUGUUGCAUGUCUUUGUUAAUCUCAAAGUCAAUGUGCGCUAGGUUCAAGAGUAGUCAUUUACUGUAUUCUUUUUUUUUUGCAGCAAGGCCAAGGUUAAUAGCUUGAACAGGAGAGGUGAUACAUUAAUACUGUUCCUAAGCUUCUGCAGCCUUUCCUGGGUUUUACUCAGUGUCCAUUCUGCCAGAUAGCAGGACUAAAGUGCUUUAUUUGCCGCAAUAGGCCUGAGCACGAUGCCUGAACAGUUCUCGCUACAUCGCAAUGAUCUUUUCUUGUUUCUUUAACAAAUUUAUAAUGAUGGUUUUCAUGGAAAAAAAGAAAUGCAAUCCAUUUUUAAUUUUUAUUAUCUUUUUUUAUUGAAUGUGGUUUGUAAAUAUUGAACUCUGAAUACUAUGAAGUUAUAACAAGGCAGUAGCCGGAGGCUGUUUUUUUUUUGUCAAGCAUAAAAUAGUAUGGUUGGGCAGAAGGGGCAUUAUGGUUAGGUUUGCUUUGGUGCUUGUCUGCAAAGUAUGUUGAAGACUACUGUAAGUAAGGAACUGGUUAUAAUUUGAAUUGUGUAUAGGUUUUAUAUGGUUUUAUAUCCCGGUAUGUACAUCCAUUUUUGAGUAUUCCACACCACCUCUUGUAAGCCUUGAAUGCUACAUCACUCCUCCACCUGAUGUAACGCAGUCUAACGAACAGCUUCAGCUUUCCGUCAGAAUUCAGAUAAAAUAUGUCAGUUUUCUCAUAGAUGGCGUUGCGAUAAAUGAAACACGAGAGAAUCAUGUAGAAAUGCAUGUCUUCUGAGUGGUUGAUGCAUGAUGAUGAUGAUGAUUUCACUGUGAAAAGUAAGCCUUGGCCUUUCUUCAAGUCAUUUUACUUGAAAUAUUUUUUCACUUACUGUUUCAUUGUAGGUUUGCUUUAGCCCAAAAUAGUAACAUUUACCAUAUGAUACAAUAUGCAGUCAUUUCAGUCUGCAUCUAAGAUGUUAAAAUUAAUUCGCUGAUCAGGAAAUAAGUUCAUAUAAAAUGUAUUCCAGCAAACAUUUUACAUGAUAUGGACCAGAAAAAAUGGUUUCAUAAUUUUUAUAGUAAUUUAAAUAAACGGAACACAAAAUGUUUAAAAAUAAAAAAUGCCAAUUAAUUUUUUUGAAAUUAGAACUUUGCGUAGAAUCAUCUGCUGUGAUUGGUCUGGUCAAUGCGUGCAAUGAUUUCUGCUAGGUCAACAAUAUUGUGCCUAUGCCUGGCAGUAGUGUGGCCAGACGUGAGCAUAUCACCACCAUGCACAAACUGCACACAACUCAGAAUAAAUUUCUCCACAUAAUUCUCAGUGUGUUUAAGUAAUAAACCCUUUUUUAAGGAUUUGGAUGUCUUCCUUUACUGUAGUGUAGCAGCAUCAGACUCUCAGCUAACAGGAUGCUCUUCCGAAUGUUCAAUAAUGCACAUUAGUACUUGAUUUAUGUGCUAAAAAUUAAUAGCAUUUUUUUUAACAAGACUACUCCUUUUAAUUGCCCAAGUUAAGAUAGAUUUGUGAAUAAUCAAUGGGCUGUGAUACAGGGUUGAUUUAACUUUGAAAACUAUGGAAAUCACAAGACGCUAGCCGGUUAAUCUGUAUGGAAAUACAUGGAAUACGUAUUAGAAAGUUUUCACCACCCUCUACUGCAUACAGUUGAAAAUGUUUUUUGCCAUUGCUGUAGAUUAUUGCCUGUUUGAGCCUGUGGUGUUCCCUCAUGAGAGGGGGAAAGGAGGGAGGGGUAUUUUGAACUGAAUCAGGACAGUACAUCGUCUGCUUAGUUUUGUAGGUUUCAGCUUUGCGUAUUUUUCUCCUAAGGCCUGGAGCCGUUCCUCUCUGUGGGGACUGUGUGUGCCUCGUUCUGAUUUUUGGCUAUGUAUGUGUGCAUGUGUGUAUGCAUGCACUCAUGUCUGUGAUCCACAGACAGGUCAGGUGUUAAGUGUAAGUUUGGAGGUCUCUUGAUGGAUGAGUUAUGUCCAACUCCUGAAUGCAGUCGAGGGAGAGGAUUAGAGAAGGAAGCCUAUGUUGUUAUGCCUUUUGAGUUAGUGCUUUAGUAUGCUAUGGUAAAAUUACCACCCUUCUGUCUGAUCUCUACAGUGGUAUAGCAAAGUUGAUUCCUACAAUGAGUACAAAUCUACAACUAUGUUGUUUUUGGAGUAGACUCAUCUUGAGGAAUUUGGAAUAGGCUCAUUCUUGUCUCAGUUUUCAAAAGUGCACCACUUUAAUUUGCACUUGACUAGUCCAUACACUUGGUGGCACCUUCCUGCUGGCCAAAAUAUGAAAACGUAGAGCCUUUAUGUUUGAAUUGGAUGCCGAAGAAUUACUUGCUUAAUUUUGUCUUCCUCUUCCGGUAGCUCAGUGACCACUUUGUGUUAUACUUCACUGUGAACUGAAUUCAGUCAUAAAUAUGUGCACAUAGCUUUAACCGUUACAGAUAUUUGCUUCUAAACUAAUUGUUUAUGUAGGAAGAUCUACUCUUGAAUAGUUUUUUUCAUGUCCCUCCACCUUGAGUAAUAUACUGUACUGUAUGGCAGGUGUGCAGCACAAAAUGGCUGCCAUUAUCCCUUAUUUUAAUUGCAACAUUGAUAUCUAAACUAUGCAAUUGAUCUCUUUCGCGUUGGCCUCUUGGUACAUAGAUAAUAGUGGCAACAUACUGAUACGACAGGAAACGUGUAAAUAUUUGAGACAUUGCCUGCUACUUUUUAGGAGUACAAGUGAGUUGAUUUCAUGCCUUUCACUUAAUUCAGCAGCAUGUGAAUUCAGGAUAACAGGUACUUCCCUUUGAAGAAAAGAAUCAAAAAAAAAAAAAAAAAACGCAGGUCACAUAAUCCUUGCUUUUAUCUAGCAGUGUGUUUCAUUGGAUUUCCUCAGCUAGCUUGCUAGCUAAUAUUAAGCUAUGAAUACUGUAGUAGCAAUAGCAAUAUCUUUAUAUGAAGAUGACGUUUGGUCUUCCUGUGACUAGAACUGGGCAAAAGAGGUUGAGAGGUUAAGGUUAAGGACAGAGAUAUACAUAGACCUGAUGUUGGAAAAACUAUUUUCUUAAAUGCCAGUAAGGUUUAACUUGUCUUCUGGCUAUGUGUACUUAUAAAUGUAUUUAUGGUGAGAGAAAAUACUGGACUGUACAGCAACAUUUUGUAAACUGCAGAAUAGAAUCAGGUUUAAAUCUCUAUUUUUUUCAUAUCCAUUGCUGCACAUUGCAAUGACACACUCAUUGUCCUUUUGUAAGUAUGCAUGUGUAGUGUAAAAACACAAGAAAACAAGGAUACGAUAAAACUGGAUUUUUGGCACAUAUGACAUUACCUAUAUGCUUUAGCAUAGGUGCACAAUAUAAUGAGACAUUGAAGGGGGUCUCGCUGCUUAGAUGUUCUGUAUAAAUAUUGAUAUCUAUUAUUAUAUCUCUUAGUCAAUAGAACCUUCCCUAAUUAAAGAAAAAAAAAUUCAAAGUAGAAUUUUGAAGUAAUAAACACCAAGAGUGAUGUUCAUAAAUACCCAGGUUAAUUUACAUGUAUAAAUUAAAGAAAUAUGUUUUAUUAUUGCUCUCCUUGACUUGUUUGGCCAAUUCAAUCGAUAGGAGUUUUUAAAUACUCUUCAGUUUAGGAGACAAUAAUUACACUGAAACAAUAUAUGUAAUAACUGUAUUACUAGAAUGAAUGCAUUGACUUGUAGCUACAAGUUAGCAGUUGAUGUCAUUAAAACAUUUCCUCCAUUACUGAAACACCAUGUAAAUGAAGGAAUAAUGACCAGUUGUUUUAAAUGUGUAGGUCUGGGAUUAAAACUCUGCAGUACACGCACUGUAGAUGAUUGUAAAACGUGGCUUGGGUGGUUGGUGGGAGAUUGUAUUGCCGCUUUCAGGUCUUAAUGCUGUGAAAUGCAUUUUCUCUUGUGGGCAUUUCUCAUAAAAAAUAAAAAAAAUCAUAGUUUAUGUUUUUUGAGUGAAAUGCACAUCCACUGCUUUUCUUGUUUAUCAGUCCCCAUUUUAAGAGGGCCCUUAAAUUCUUGUCAGUAGAAAGCAUAAUUCGGUCCUUAGAACAGCACAAAAUAUUUCUCAGCAAAGGUGACUGGCAACAUACUGUUGUCACUGCAGGGUUUCAAUUAUAAUUGGAAGUAUAAUCCAGUGUUUAUAAUGUGGCACAAUUUGUAUUACCAAAAAAUUUAAGAAAAUUAAAAUGCCAGUGUUGAAGAGGUCACUUAAAUAUCCAUUUCAAUGAAAAUCAGUGUUUUCCUCUAUUAGGCCUUUCCUGGCAUACUCAAAUGUGAAUUUUCAAUUCCUUAGCCAAAAUUUUGAUUCUGGAUAUUUUAAGUUCAAUUAUUAGAUCACUAUAUAUAUACACACACACUGUAUUGGCAAUUGUAACUAUAAAAGUCAUUAAUUUUAAUCUGAGGCCUCUAAUUUUAGAGAAAGUUAAAAGCAUAAGAAAAUUUUGAACUGUAUUAGAAAUGCCUAAUGUCUUAAUCUACAGAUGUCUUUCAAUUUCCAGUUGUACAUUGUUUCCACAUGUUCACGUGUUGCUUUUUCCAUUGUGUUCAAAUGUGCAAUGCCUUUCUCUUUCAUCUUUUCAAUCAUACACUUGUGCCCUUAUUUAUUGUUCUCACUGUAUUACAGUGUUGUUUGCAACAUUAAAUAAAAUUCAGUUUUGUAAGAGAGA